AUAGGCAAAGAAAAUGCAACCACCCAGAAAAUAAAAAACCUAUCUUUCCCCCAAUUCAAAGCAAAGACAGCAGACAAGAGAAAUCUGAGAUAUUUUGAUUUUGAUUUUGUUUUGUUUUGUUUUACAUGGCAACAGCAGCAUAUUCAACGUCCGCCGUCUUCAGCCCCUGCCGCCUACCCACAACCGCAGGAACCACCCGCAGCUCCGGGACACCUUACCUUCCUUCAUUACCUCGUUUCUCCAGUUUGGUUCUUUCCACAUCCUCAAAGAAACGGAAUUCAGAAGAAUUCAAGAGGUUUCAAGUGAAAGCAUCUUCAUCAGAUAGCUCUGCUGAUGCAAAUGAACUAUUGACAGAUCUUAAGGAAAAGUGGGAUGCUGUGGAAAACAAAUCCACUGUGAUUGCAUAUGGAGGUGGUGCCAUAGUUGCAGUGUGGUUAUCUUCUGUUUUUAUUGGCGCAGUCAAUACAAUUCCACUGCUGCCUAAGAUACUUGAGCUGGUUGGGCUUGGAUAUACAGGAUGGUUUGUUUAUCGGUAUCUUCUGUACAAGGAUACUAGAAAAGAACUUGUAACAGACAUUGAAGGGUUGAAGAAGAAGAUUGCUGGUACUGAAUAGAGUAUGUGUUUAUUUGAAAUUGGUAAUUAGUAGUAAUAUAGAGUUUGAUAUGUAUGGUAUGUGUAUGAAUUGAAUUGAAUUGAAUGACCUUUUCUAGCUAGCUCCUCAAGAAUGUAACUUUCGGGUAAUCAAUGAAAACCCAUAU